AGCUCUUUAAGAAGGGGCUGUUUUUAAAAUCUAGUUAUCCUUUUCUAAGUUUAUUUAUUUUUUUCGUUUUUCGUUUUUCAAUUUUCUUUGAGAGAGAGAGAGAGGUCCUUAACAUCUUUUCGAGGUUUUGGAUUGAGAAUCAUGUCUCAGACGAACUGGGAAGCGGACAAAAUGUUGGAUGUGUACAUUUAUGAUUAUUUUCUGAAGAGGAAUUUGCAUGCAUCGGCAAAGGCGUUUCAAGCUGAAGGAAAAGUGUCUUCGGAUCCUGUUGCGAUUGAUGCACCUGGUGGUUUUCUCUUUGAAUGGUGGUCUGUUUUUUGGGAUAUCUUCAUUGCCAGGACAAAUGAAAAGCACUCUGAUGUUGCUGCCUCUUACAUUGAGACUCAACUAAUCAAGGCACGAGAGCAACAGCAACAACAGCAGCAACCACAGCAGCCUCAGAACCAGCAGCGACUGCAAAUGCAGCAUCUCUUAUUACAGAGGCAGCAACAACAGCAGCAGCAACAGCAACAGCAGCAACAACAACAGCAACAACAGCGGAGAGAGGGAGGGCAUCUCUUAAAUGGCACUGCCAAUGGGCUUGUUGGCAAUGAUCCUCUCCUACGACAAAAUCCAGGAACUGCAAAUGCUUUGGCUACAAAGAUGUACGAGGAGCGGUUAAAGUUGCCGCUUCAAAGAGACUCUUUGGAUGAUGCAUCUGUGAAGCAAAGGUUUGGCGACAACGUGGGCCCGCUUCUAGAUUCAAACCAUGCAUCGAUGUUAAAGACAGCUGGCAUGCCAGGCCAACCUUCAGGGCAGGUUUUGCACAGUACUGCUGGUGGCAUGUCGGGGCCUCUUCAACAAGUCCAAGCUCGGAAUCCACAGCUUACAGGAGCUGCACAGGACAUAAAGAGCGAGAUGAAUCCAGUAUUGAACCCCAGAGCUGCAGGUCCCGAUGGUUCGGGAAUUGGAGUUCCUGGAUCAAAUCAAGGCGGUAAUAAUUUGACUUUGAAAGGAUGGCCUCUCACGGGCCUUGAUCAACUACGGUCAGGACUUCUACAACAGCAAAAGCCAUUUAUGCAGUCUCCUCAACCAUUUUCUCAACUGCACAUGCUGACACCACAGCAGCAGCAGCAGCUUCUGCUCCAUGCACAACAGAAUGGCACUCCCUCAGCUGGUGAUAUUGACAGCAGAAGACUGAGAAUGCUGUUGAACAACCGGAACAUGGUUCUUGGAAAGGACAGCCAAUCCAAUCCUGUUGGGGAUGUUGUUCCGAAUGUUGGAUCUCCAAUACAAGCCGCUUGCCCUAUUUUGCCUCGUGGUGAUGCUGAUAUGAUAAUAAAGAAAAUAGCUCAGUUGCAGCAGCAACAGCUUCAGCAGCAUACACUUUCUAGCCAGCUGUCGCAGAGUUCAAAUCACCAUCUUCAUCAGCAAGACAAAGUGGGGGGUGGCAGUAUUGCAGUAGAUGGUAGCAUGUCCAACCCCUUUCGAGGAAAUGAUCAGGCUUCAAAGAAUCAGGGAGGGCGAAAGAGGAAGCAGCCAGGAUCUUCUUCAGGUCCCGCCAAUAGUUCAGGAACUGCCAACACUGCAGGACCUUCUCCAAGUUCAGCUCCUUCAACACCCUCGACUCAUACCCCUGGAGAUGUGAUUUCCAUGCCUUCUUUUCAGCAGAAUGGUGGCUCAUCAAAGCCUUUGAUUAUGUUCAACUCUGAUGGAACCGGGACUCUUACGUCACCAUCAAAUCAAUUGGCUGAUAUUGAUCGAUUUGUGGAUGAUGGUUCGCUGGAUGAUAAUGUUGAGUCAUUCUUAUCUCACGAUGAUGCGGACCCCAGAGAUACAGUUGGCCGAUGUAUGGAUGUCAGUAAAGGGUUUACAUUUAAUGAAGUUGGUAUUGUCCGUGCAAGUACAAGUAAAGUUUUAUGUUGCCACUUCUCAUCUGAUGGAAAACUGCUUGCUAGUGGUGGCCAUGAUAAGAAGGCUGUGUUGUGGUCUACGGAUACUUUAAAGACGAAGGCCACAUUGGAAGAACAUUCUUUGAUGAUUACUGAUGUCCGUUUCAGUCCAAGCAUGCCACGGCUGGCAACAUCAUCUUUUGACAAAACCGUCAGGGUUUGGGAUGUAGACAAGCCAGACUAUUCACUCCGCACUUUUACAGGGCAUUCUGCCUCUGUUAUGUCCCUGGACUUCCACCCAAUUAAGGAGGACCUCAUCUGUUCUUGUGAUGGAGACAAUGAAAUACGGUAUUGGAGUAUCAAUAAUGGAAGCUGUGCCAGAGUUUUCAAGGGUGGGACCUCACAGAUGAGAUUUCAACCCCGUCUUGGCAGGUAUCUUGCAGCUGCCGCUGAAAAUGUUGUAUCCAUACUGGAUGUUGAGACCCAAGCUUGCCGGCACUCGUUACAGGGACACACAAAGCCAGUCCAUUCUGUUUGUUGGGAUCCUUUGGGUGAGUACGUGGCAUCUGUCAGUGAAGACUCGGUUAGGGUUUGGUCACUUGGCUCCGGGAGUGAAGGUGAAUGUGUUCAUGAUCUGAGCUGUAAUGGCAACAAAUUCCACUCCUGCGUUUUCCACCCCUCGUAUCCAUCUUUGCUGGUCAUUGGCUGUUAUCAGUCUCUGGAGCUCUGGGACAUGGCCGAGAACAAAACCAUGACACUUGCUGCACACGAUGGACUGAUCGCAUCCCUGGCAGUAUCUAAUGUGUUGGGAUUGGUGGCUUCUGCGAGCCACGACAAAUUCGUCAAACUCUGGAAGUGAUCGUCGUUUUGGCUGUAAUGGGUAAAACUGCUGUCUCUAACCAUAGAUAGUUUGCAGCGGGUCUAACAUAUUUCCCCAGUGCUUGUUUUGAUUGCAGAGGGUCUAGCAGUUGCAAAAAGGGUUAUUGCUAGAUCCCAUCAUCGGCUCUUCAAACCUCAACCAACGGUAGAAGAGUCGUUCCUUGCAUUGGAUACUAACCACAUCACUGUUGUUGUGUAGUAGUUUUGUUGCUGUUGUAGAUGUUACAUUCGUGAUAAGGAGACAUGUCUGUUGUAACCCAUCAUAGAAAAUCCAUCAAUUACUAUUUUGUUAACACAUGCAAGUCAAUAGGCAUACCAAUACUCUGUAUAUACUCUAUUUAAGUCUGUCUAUCAUGCACAAACUUCCUCA